AUGAAAUUGUUAUGCUUCCCCAUCUUCAUCUUCUUCUUCUCCAGAUUUCAACUUACUUGUUCCUCAUCUCCUUUCUAUUCUUCACAUGAUGCAACAUUGUGCCCUGGUGAUCAAAAACUUGCUUUGCUUCAAUUCAAGAACACGUUCUCUACUUCUCAAAUUUUGUACGAGGACUGCAAUGAAGAACACAAAGUGCCAUAUCCGAAGACGGAUUCAUGGAAGGAGGAUGUGGAUUGCUGCUUGUGGGAUGGUGUGACAUGUGAGGAUGGGACAGGAAACCUCAUUGGUCUUGACCUCAGCUGCAGUUGGCUUUAUGGUUCCAUCCAUUCCAAUAGUAGCCUUUUCAACCUUUCUCACUUUCAAAGGCUCAACCUUGCCUAUAAUAACUUCCGUGAGUCUGAAAUCUCUCCAAAGUUUGGUAGGUUUUCUAAUCUCACACACCUUAACCUAUCAACUUCAUCAUUUUUAGGGAACAUGCCAUUAGAUUUGUCUCAUCUAACCAAAUUGGUUUCACUUGAUCUCUCUCGCAAUUAUGGCCUAGGACUUAACACAUCUGUUUACAAAGCUUUUGCUCGGAACCUAACCCAAUUGAGAGAACUUUCUCUCUACUUUCAUCUAGAUUUGAGGGAAAACUUUGGUCUAACAUGCUCACUACCGAAAUCUAACAGGACUACUUCUCUCAAAUACCUGGAUCUUAGCAUCUGCCAAUUCACAGGGUUGCUUCCCAUGUCAAUGGGGAAUCUUACACAGAUUACUCAGAUUAACAUCCAAUCCAACAAUUUCAGUGGUAAGAUUCCAGCCUCCAUCUUAAACCUUGCCAAGCUUGAAUAUUUGAUCCUUGAAGAAAAUGAUUUCCGAGGCCAAAUUCCUGAUGCAUUUGAGAACCUGAGUCAACUGAUUUAUGUAUCACUAGGGAGAAAUAGACUCAUAGGUCAGCUGCCCUCAUCAAUAUUCAAUCUAACUCAACUUUCCAAAAUUGAUUUUUCAUUUAAUCAGCUUUCAGGUCCUUUCCCUGAAUAUGCAUCUGGGCUUUCAAAGCUAGAUUUAACUAAUAAUAAGCUACAGGGACCUAUUCCUAGAUUCAUCUUCCAACUUGAGAACCUGGCUUCUUUGAUGCUUUCAUCAGAUAGUCUAAGUGGAGUUGUGGAGAUAGGCAUGUUUUCAAAGCUAAAAAAUAUGCAAUCGCUUGAACUCUCUGGUAAUGGACUUUUAUCUUUGAAUACUUCCAACCAUUUCAACUUUACACUUCCUAGUGUUACCUAUCUGAAUUUGUCUUUCUAUAACAUCCAAGAAUUCCCUCCUGUUUUAAAGGCUUUUGCAAACAUUGAAAGAUUGGAUCUUUCCAACAAUAAAAUCCAUGGCCUAGUCCCCCACUGGUUUUAUGAGAUUGGUAAGGAAUCAUUGGAAUAUUUGAUUCUUUCAAACAACUAUUUGACAAAAAUUCAUCAAUUUCCUUGGGAGAGAAUAGGGCAUCUAGAUUUUCAUGGCAACUUACUUGAAGGAAAACUUCCUAUUCCACCUUUCCAUGCAACAUUCUUCUGUGUCUCCAGAAACAAGCUUACCGGGGAGGUUCCAUCAUCGAUUUGUCAUCUAGAACAACUCCAAGUUCUUGACUUGUCCUACAACAAUCUGUCUGGUAAGAUUCCAAAUUGUCUUGGAGAUUUCAGCUAUGAUCUAUCCAUAUUAAAUCUAAGGAUGAAUAGAUUUGAAGGCUCAAUACCUAAAUCAUUUCAAACCAUCUUGAGAAGCCUGAACUUGAAUGGCAACCAGUUUGAAGGAUCGUUGCCAAUGUCUUUGCUCAACUGUUCUAUGCUGGAAGUCUUAAAUGUUGGCGAUAACAAGUUACAUGGAAGAUUUCCUUAUUGGUUCGUGUGA